ACGUGCGUUUGUCAAGAGAGAACAUGGAAGACCGAAUACAUGAUGCGAGGACAAGAGUGACACUCCUAGAGCACGGAUUGGAAAAUGUAAACAGCACAGAUUACCCUGGAGCUUACGAGGGAUAUGAUGAUGCCUGGAGCCAAAGGAAAUUUGAAAAGAAUUUUCGUGUUGAUGUGGUGAAGAUGGGAGAUGAUGAACUAGAAUUUGACAUGGUUGGCAUUGACGCUGCUAUUGCAAAUGCAUUCCGCAGAAUUCUUUUGUCAGAAGUGCCAACCAUGGCAAUAGAGAAAGUAUACAUCUACAACAACACAUCAAUAAUACAGGAUGAAGUACUGUCGCACAGACUAGGGCUCAUUCCUAUCAAAGCAGAUCCUCGCUUGUUUGAGUACAGAUCUGAUGGUGAUUCUGAAGGAACAGCAGAAGACACGAUAGAGUUCCAACUAAAGGUUAAGUGUACUAAAAAUAGCCAUGCAAAGGACACAACUGACCCAGAUGAACUCUACAAAGACCACAAAGUCACAACAAAACAUUUCAAAUGGAUUCCGGUUGGGAAGCAAGCUGAAAUCUUCAAAGAGGGUGACAUACGUCCGGUAAACGACGAUAUCCUGAUAGCCAAGUUACGACCUGGUCAGGAGCUGGAUUUAAAACUACAGUGUGUAAAAGGACUUGGAAAGGACCACGCCAAAUUUUCUCCUGUUGCUACAGCCUCCUACAGACUUUUACCAGAAAUCACCAUACUACAACCUGUUGUCGAUCAUUUGGCAGAAAAGUUGAAGAAAUGUUUUUCUCCGGGUGUGAUAGAAAUAAGAAACGUGAAUGGUCACAACACAGCAUAUGUAAAGUCUGCUCGACAUGACACAUGCAGCAGGGAAGUAUUCCGCCAUGAGGAUUUGAAGGACCUGGUCAGACUGUCACGAGUCAGAGAUCACUUUAUCUUUUCUGUGGAAUCAACAGGAGUACUUCCACCUGACAUCUUAGUGACGGAAGCUGUGCGAGUGUUAAUGGGCAAGUGCCGUACAUUUCUGACAGAAUUAACAGAAACCUCCGGGGCAACAUAGGGUCAAUAGAAUGAUUUAUGUAUGUGCAAUUAAAAGAUUAAAAAGUGAA